AUGGAGGCAUUCAUUACUCGAAAGAAGAGGAAGCUUGAUGCUGAUCCUGGCCACCACCUCCUCCUCAACGACAACCAGCUGGCCCCUGGUAGCAACGAGAUAGCUUCAGAAGCAGAUGAUGAACCUACAGAAGUCAAGCUGGCCAUCUUAUCGUCUCUUCACCCCUCGGUCGACCAGGAGACCUUGCUAGAUAUUCUCUUGGCCCAUGAUGGGUCCGUGCUCGAGGCUUCGGCGGCCUUUAAAGACGGGAAACCAAGGAAAAAAGGUUCUGGAGUCGUGGGUUCUCAAUCAUCUCUCAGGUUCUUUCCUAGAUCUGGCCUGGCAAACCCCGAGUUGUCACCAAAGAAGCCAAAGUUGCUCUCCAAGAAGGGGAAGACUCUCUUUCUUUUCGAUCCGAUCGAUAUCUCGGAACACACCCCAUGUACCGUCCUCCACAACUUCCUUCCGGCUGAGGAAGCGGACAGUCUCCUGAAAGAGCUGCUCGAGGAGUCCAAGUCCUUUGAAAAGAUCACUUUCAAGCUGUUCGACAACGUGGUUGAAAGCCCACACACAUCGAGCUUCUAUGUUGGAAGUCUCGACGAAGUGAACAGACAAAAGAUGGAAUAUCUCUAUAGCGGCGCUCGGUUGACUGAUGUACGGGAACUGACUCCCGAGCUCUCUCGAGUGAAACCUCGAGUGGAGCAAGCCGUCAAUCGCGAGAUACAGGAACGGAUCAGGACGCGCUAUCCCGGCGGGAAGAAGCUCAAGUACCAACCACCGGGCCCUUGGCGUCCGAAUGCGGCGUUCGUAAACUGCUACAAUGGCCCACAGGAGAGCGUUGGCUGGCACAGUGACAGGCUGACGUAUCUCGGGCCUCGCGCGGUGAUCGGCUCCCUUUCCCUGGGGGUCGCCCGGGAGUUCAGAGUCCGCCGUGUAUUGCCGCGCGAUGGCGACGAUGACCCUGACGCUCAAGGGCAGAUUAGCAUCCACCUUCCGCACAACUCGCUGCUUGUCAUGCACGCCGAGAUGCAGGAGGAGUGGAAACACAGCAUCGCACCCGCCCAGGCCAUCGACCCUCACCCGAUAGCCGGGAACAAGCGCAUCAACAUCACCUAUCGCGAUUAUCGAGACGAGCUCUCCCCGAGCAGAACACCACAUUGCCGCUGCGACUUGCCCGCCAUCUUGCGAGUGGUGCAGCGAAAGAAGGAGAACUUUGGGCGGUACUUCUGGAUGUGCUGCGGCGGCGACUCGCCCGGGGAGGCCGGGUGCUCGUUCUUCCAAUGGGCAGAAUUUGAUGAUGAUGGCAAUCCGAUGUGGGAUGGGGCAAAAGGCAAAGGCACAUGA